GUGUGAAUAUCCCUUCCGCAAAAGGACCCUGGGAAGAAGAGUGCAAGCCCCGCAGCCCUGGUAGCAGCAGCGAAGCUUCUUCCACUCCAGGUCCCCACCCUUUCCAUCCUUUGCUGGUUAAAGCACAGCCGCUCCUGCCACGUUCCUGGAGGAUCCGGGCGCUGAAGAGGAUAGGGAGCAGGCGCAGGGGGGCUGGAAAGGCGGCAUGCGUCCUCUGGGAGCCGCCCGGGCGCCCCUGGUCUGAGGCUGAAGCCCCACUUCGCCAUUGUGAGCCGCUGCUGGGGAUUCCUCCAGCACUGUCCUCUCCCACCUCAGACCGUGUCACGAUGGGGCACCUGCCCACGAGGACUUGCAGCGGCCACCGCCUCCUGCCUCUACUCUGCGUCUUUGUGCUGAUCAAGAAUGCUACAACAUUUCAUGUCACUGUCCAAGAUGAUAAUAACAUCAUUGUUUCUCUAGAAGCUUCAGAUGUCACAAAUCCUUCAUCUGUCUAUGUUGUGAAGAUAACUGGAGAAUCAAAAAAUUACUUCUUUGAAUUUGAGGAAUUCAACAGUACCUUGCCUCCUCCUGUUAUCUUUAAGGCCAGUUAUCAUGGCCUUUAUUAUAUUAUCACUCUGGUAGUGGUAAAUGGUAAUGUGGUCUCCAAGCCGACCAGAUCAAUCACUGUGUUAACAAAACCUCUGCCUGUAACCAGUGUUUCCAUAUAUGACUACAAACCUUCUCCUGAAACAGGAGUUCUUUUUGAAAUUCAUUAUCCAGAAAAAUACAACGUUUUCACGAGAGUCAACAUAAGUUAUUGGGAAGGGAAAGACUUCAGGACAAUGCUAUAUAAAGAUUUCUUUAAGGGAAAAACAGUAUUUAAUCACUGGCUUCCAGGAAUAUGCUAUAGUAAUAUCACCUUUCAGCUGGUGUCUGAGGCAACUUUUAAUAAAAGUACUCUUGUAGAGUACAGUGGUGUCAGCCAUGAACCCAAACAGCAUAGAACUGCCCCUUAUCCACCCCGGAACAUCUCAGUUCGUAUAGUAAAUCUGAAUAAAAAUAAUUGGGAAGAGCAAAGUGGCAGUUCCCCAGAGGAAUCAUUCCUGAGAUCACAGGAUGUAACUGGAAAGGACAGACUCUUCCAUUUUACAGAGGAAACUCCUGAAAUUCCCUCUGGCAACAUUUCUUCUCGUUGGCCUGAUUUUAACAACAGUGACUACGAAGCUACAUCUCAGCCUCCCUGGUGGGACAGUGCAUCUGCAACUCCUGAGAGUGAGGAUGAGUUUGUCAGUGUACUUCCCAUGGAAUAUGAGGCAAAUGGCACAGUCAGUGAAACCCAAAAAGCAACAACAGGCUCAUUCUCUUCUUUUCCUGUGCAAAUGAUACUGAGCUGGUUACCACCCAGACCACCCACUGCCUUCGAUGGAUUCCACAUUUACAUAGAAAGAGAAGAAAAUUUUACUGAAUAUUUAACAGUGGAUGAAGAUGCUCAUGAGUUUGUUGCAGAACUGAAGGAGCCGGGGAAAUAUAAGUUAUCUGUGACAACCUUCAGUUCCUCAGGAUCUUGUGAAACUCGAAAAAGUCAAUCUGCAAAAUCUUUAGGUUUUUACAUCAGUCCUUCAGGGGAGUGGAUUGAGGAACUGACAGAGAAGCCCCAGCAUGUGAGCGUCCGUGUCCUCAGCUCCACCAAGGCCCUGAUGUCCUGGACGACUUCCCAGGAGAACUACAAUGGCACCAUCGUGUCUGUGGUGUCACUCACCUGCCAAAAACAAAAGGAGAGUCAGAGGCUGGAAAAGCAGUACUGCACUCAGGUGAAUUCAAGCAAAUCUGUUAUUGAAAAUCUGGUUCCUGGGGCCCAGUACCAGGUCGUGCUGUACUUAAGAAAAGGCCCUUUAAUUGGUCCACCUUCAGAUCCUGUGACAUUUGCCAUCGUUCCAACUGGAAUCAAGGAUUUAAUGCUCUAUCCGCUGGGCCCCACAGCAGUGGUUUUGAGCUGGACAAGACCUUACUUAGGCGUGUUCAGAAAAUAUGUGGUUGAAAUGUUCUAUUUCAAUCCUUCAACAAUGACAUCUGAGUGGACCACCUACUAUGAGAUCGCAGCAACCAUCUCCUUAACAGCGUCCGUGAGAAUAGCUAAUCUGUUGCCAGCGUGGUAUUACAACUUCCGAGUUACCAUGGUGACGUGGGGAGAUCCAGAGUUGAGCUGCUGUGAUAGUUCUACCAUCAGCUUCAUAACAGCCCCAAUUGCUCCAGAAAUCACAUCUGUGGAAUAUUUCAACAGCCUGCUGUAUAUCAGUUGGACAUACGGCGAUGACACAACUGAUCUCUCCCAUUCUAGAAUGCUACACUGGAUGGUGGUUGCUGAGGGAAAGAAGAAAAUUAAAAAGAGCGUAACACGCAAUGUCAUGACUGCGAUUCUCAGCCUGCCUCCAGGAGAUAUUUACAACCUCUCCGUGACUGCCUGCACUGAAAGAGGAAGUAACACCUCCAUGCUCCGCCUUGUCAAGCUAGAACCAGCACCUCCAAAGUCACUUUUUGCUGUGAAUAAGACCCAGACUUCAGUGACUUUGCUGUGGGUGGAAGAGGGCGUAGCUGAUUUCUUCCAAGUCUUCUGUCAGCGAGUUGGCCCUAGUCAGGAAGCAAAACUUCAGGAACCGAUUUUAGUGUCUUCUCACGUGGUGACUGUCUCCAGCCUCCUUCCAGCCACUGCCUACAACUGUAGUGUCACCAGCUUCAGUCACAACAGCCCCAGUGUCCCUGCCUUCAUAGCCAUCUCCACAAUGGUUACAGAGAUGAAUCCCAAUGUGGUGGUCAUCUCUGUUCUGGCCAUCCUCAGCACACUGCUCAUUGGACUGCUGCUCAUCACCCUCAUCAUCCUGAGGAGAAAGCACCUGCAGAUGGCUCGGGAAUGUGGAGCUGGAACUUUUGUCAAUUUUGCAUCCUUAGAGAGGGAUGGCAAACUUCCUUACAACUGGCGUAGGAGUAUAUUUGCUUUCUUAACCCUGCUACCCUCAUGUCUUUGGACUGAUUAUCUAUUGGCAUUUUAUAUUAAUCCUUGGAGUAAAAAUGGUUUAAAGAAGAGGAAGCUGACUAACCCGGUUCAACUGGAUGACUUUGAUGCCUACAUCAAGGAUAUGGCCAAAGAUUCUGACUAUAAAUUUUCCCUUCAGUUUGAGGAGUUGAAAUUGAUUGGACUGGAAAUCCCACACUUUGCUGCCGACCUCCCACUGAAUCGAUGUAAAAACCGUUACACAAACAUCCUACCAUAUGACUUUAGCCGUGUAAGACUAAUUUCCAUGAAUGAAGAAGAAGGUGCAGACUAUAUCAAUGCCAACUAUAUUCCUGGUUACAAUUCCCCCCAGGAGUAUAUUGCCACACAGGGGCCACUGCCUGAAACCAGAAACGACUUUUGGAAGAUGGUGCUCCAGCAGAAGUCUCAGAUGAUCAUCAUGCUCACUCAAUGCAAUGAGAAAAGGCGGGUGAAAUGUGACCACUACUGGCCUUUCACAGAAGAGCCCGUUGCCUACGGAGACAUCACAGUAGAGAUGGUCUCUGAGGAGGAACAGGAUGACUGGGCCCACAGACACUUUCGGAUCAACUACGCAGACGAGAUGCAGGACGUGAUGCAUUUUAACUACAUGGCGUGGCCUGACCAUGGUGUGCCCUCAGCAAACGCUGCAGAAAGCAUCCUGCAGUUUGUCCAUGUGGUCCGACAGCAAGCCUGCAAGAGCAAAGGCCCCAUGAUUGUGCACUGCAGUGCUGGCGUCGGCCGGACGGGAACAUUCAUCGCCCUGGACAGGCUCUUGCAGCAUAUCCGGGACCAUGAGUUUGUGGAUAUCUUAGGUCUGGUGUCAGAAAUGCGGUCUUACCGGAUGUCUAUGGUACAGACAGAGGAGCAGUACAUUUUCAUUCACCAGUGUGUGCAGCUGAUGUGGAUGAAGAAGAAGCAGCAGUUCUGUAUCAGUGAUGUCAUCUAUGAGAACGUCAGCAAGUCCUAGUUGAGGAUGAGAGUGGACAGGAAAUGGCACGUGCCCAUCCUCGUUGCUAUCAGAGGUUUUGUUUGGGGGGGGCGGUCCGACUAGCCAUUUUGCUAGAAAGAGCUCCUGCUUUAUCAUAUGUGGCCAAGGGGAUAAUUUCUCUCUCAUAGAAGCACUGGGAAGACUUAGCCUUAAGAGAACCAUCAGUGUCCUUUGGACUUCUGGACAAUGGACCAAACACAGCUGAACACCAGGAAGUCCAGAUGCUCUGCAAAGGGCAGGGAACACAAUGCUGGUAUGGGGUUUCCUUUGCUGAUGGGGCUGAGUUUUUUCUUAUUUUCAGGUGCAAUACUUUUAUACGUGUGUGAUUUUGUCAGAAAGUGAAUUUCUGCUCAGAGCCUAGAAAGGAACAGGCAAUUUUUAGUAUCCAGUUAUACCUCACAUUAUAAAGAGGCAUAACUACAUAUGGAAAUGGUCUCUCUGCUACCAGGAAAUGGAACCCUCGAUAGCUGAAUUCCACCUGUAAGCUCCUGGACCAGAAGUGGAGAGGGUGGGAAAGGAGAAGAAAAGGGUUUUCCCAAGAGAGCUACUGUUUUCUUUCCAAAUAUGAAGAGCUGUCAUUUCAGUUUCAAAGUAGAGUAGAAAAAAUAUUCAGGUCUCAGCUGUUUUAGUUCUUUAUGGUUUUUCUUAUUAACUGGCCUGUGUGUAUAUUUUCCCUUGGACUAACAUUACAUGUUUUCAACAAACCAUAUCUGACUCAGAAGGGCUUCAAGUCUGACCCUUUAGAUACCACUGCUGCUUGAGCAAUCAUGCUGCCUAGACUUGUAUUCCUUUCUCUGGUGAUGUGCACCCCUGUGAAACCUAUUUAUUUGGUAACUCUAGGUUGUGAAAACACUUUUCUUUUUCCCCCGAAGAGCUGGGAAUUGGGGCAGUUAAAGCAGUGGACUGCAGCAUGCUAGGGUAAUUAUCUGGCUACAUUCUAAGUGGUGGGGUUAUUCUGUCAAGCAUAUCCAUGGACUCAGACAGAUUUCUUUUCGGUUGCCAGUUUCAUUUCUAACCACUGUAAGUAGUAACUUUUCUUUGGACUUUUGUAUAAUUAUAGUACUUGAUUGUGGAUUGUGACAUGAAUGCUGUCAAAAUGGACACUUCAUGGCAAGUGAAGCCUGUUACAUUGUGUCACUUCUUGAGAAAUAAGAGGUGAAGGCGUAGAAAAAAGGAACCCUGUGGGUCAGAGAGUCUGCUUCCCUUCCCUGUGGUGGCCUGUGUGCACUGCAGAUGGCUUUGCACUCCCUUCCCCCUUGAUCUCGCUUAUCCCUGCCCUGGUGUCUCAACACUCCCGACAGACUUAGGUUUAAUAUUUGAUCAGUGACCUUAGUGCUGGGAGGGGUGCCAAGUGAACAGCCCUGCACCCUGCUGCCUCUUGUCACUGAGAAGGCUUGGUCACAGCACACCACAGAGCAGCUCUUGGCUGGCUGGUGAGUGUGGGUCUCACCUUGCGGCUGACGGGCCCCUGCAGGCAAACAAACAGCUUGGGCUCCUCAGGUCUGUCAGUUUGUACACACCUCCUGUCCUGCUGCCACCUCUUCUCACUCCCACCCCCUUUAAUUUCACUUUUUCUCUUGGACACAUAAUGUGUCACGACAUUCUCAGGGGUAAACGCAGUGAUCUGAGAUGAACACACCUGGGACACUCGGGAGGAAAGUCACAGGCCAGAGCCCAUUCUUGGCUUUAUCAAGACUGAAACAUAAAGCACCUCAUAAAUAUUUCACAUUCUUCUUGAGCACCCCUUCAAGCCAGAGAUCAGAUAAUGCCAGAUCAAUUUUCCCAAAAGAGGGAAGGUAUCCAGAAUUGAGACAAGUCUCACAAAAGUACUUUACCAGAACAUUACUGCAGAGAGGCCCUGGAAUUUGUGGAGCUAGUGCAGGAAAAAAAACAACCUUCAUUUUCUAAAAGUAAGUUUUAAAACCCAGCGGACUCUCCUGGCUCUAAGCUGUGGGCUGACCUAGAUGACCCCAUAUUUGCAGGUAGAAGUAUCACAUACACCUAGAGGUGCUCAGUGUGGACUGUAAGGACACCCUGGCCAGCUGAAUUUCCUCCCAGGACUCAGCUUUGAGCAUUUAAGGAUAGACAGCCAGGGUUUCUGUGUUAUGGAAUAGGGUUUCCAUUUAAUUAUCUGAGUCGUGCUUCACAUGAGACAUCAUCCAAACAGUUUAUAACAGCCUCUAUCUGUACAGAAAGAGCCAGAGACUUUGGAAAUAUAAAAUCCCCACCUCCCCACCUCUGAGUCCUACUGAAACCAAAUCCCUUGGCUGCAGAAACCAAUGUCUGAAGUUAAUCGAGGAAACAUCAGGAUCUAAUUUAUAAAUUUACUAUUUGAUAGCAAUAAUGUCAAUACACAUUAUGUGAUGAAGAGCAAACCUUUUAGACAGCAUUCUAAUGCAAGGAUGAUCACUCUUAAUGAAGAGAGUUAAUCUCCUAAAUUUAAAAAAAGUCAGGUUUUAUAAUGCUUUUCUGAAAGGUGCUAUAUCUCUCCAAGAAGAUGGUGGGACAACAUGAAAGCACAGCCCAGAGACUUUGGGUCUGAAUUUUUUUUUUUUUUUUUUAGGCCAUUUGCCAAGUACUUAGAGUGACUGAGUCCAAUUCCUUUGAGCCAAAUCCUCCCUGCUUUCUAGCAAGGAGGUCCUUCCUGCCUACCUCAGGAAAUGUCUCAUAUAAUGUGCUUCAAAUUAGCUGGCUCUCUGCUGGGCUCAGAUAACACUGGCACAGAGUCAGAGGGCAGGGCCAAACAGUGCAUCCUCUCUGGCCUUAGGGUUUAUAGAGAUACCGAAACAGAACAUGCAAAAACUACAAACUUCUACCAGUAGUUUCAGCCUGAUCCUGGCAGGACCCUCCACUAGAUAUGGAGUACAAUGCGCAGUCCUGAGGCCGGAUUUUAAGAGGGACAUUAGCACGCUCGGGAUUCAUGGGAGAACAGGUCACAGUAACAAGCCCUGGAGGAGUGAGUCUUUUGUUCAGCAGAUACUUGUACUGCGAUGGUCCAGUAUGAGUCAAGCCUCUAAAUUCACCUGCACAUUUUCCCCAAAACAUUUAUGGAGCUAUAGGUGCUGGGGGAAAAAAAAUCAAAGGACCAGAUGAGGAACUAUCAGAAAAGCUGUGAGACAAUGCCAAGGCUAGAAAAACUUACCUAAUUUCUCGCUGUGUCCACAGGGGACUAGGCUUUUGACAGAAGGGACCACACAUUCAGGUUCUGUAGACAUAGGGGCCUUCCCAUGGGGUGGGGGGGAGUGAGGGCUGAGACAGUAGCACAAAAACAGGCAGAUCUGGAAGGGAGUUAGAGUGCCAGCAGCAGGUCGCUGUCCAAAAGCAUCCACAACAGAAGCUUACUCACAGGCCUACAACCAGAAAGAUGGAGACUGUCCUUUAAGGGUAGCUCCCAGAUACCUUUCCCCUUGUGGGAGACUGAGGCAGCAGGUGAGGCUGACAGAUAAGUGAUAAUAGGAAGGAGCUGGAAGUGGCCUAGAGCAGAGGGUGGGUACAGAUUCCCUCCCUUGAACUUGUGUCAGUCUAGAAAGUAACAGCCACAUGGUCUGGGAGCUGGCACAACAGACGAGGCAUUGGACUCUCAAGCAUGAGGUCCAGAGUUCAAUCCCCUCACAUCACAUGUGAUGAGUUAUGCCUGGUUCUCUACCUGUCUUCUUCAUGAGUAAAUAAAAGUAAUGGCCACAUAGUACUACGUGCAAGGACCCACUCGACAGUCCAGGUUUGAGCUCUUGCUUCCUAC